UCCCUCAUUCACACUCUUCCCAAUCAAAAUAUCAAACUCUUCGCAUCUCUCUCUCUCUCUCUCCAUUUGCGAGCUCCAUCAAUGGCGAUCGAUCUUAUGGGUUUCACAAAAAGAGAGGAUCACAUGGCCGUUCAAGAAGCUGCCUCAGCUGGAUUAAAAAGCAUGGAGAAUCUGAUCAGAGUUCUCUCCAAUAGUAAUUCAUCCUCCGCCAUCAAAAACCAAACACUGGGCCAUCUCGAUUUCAGAGAAGCCACCGAUUUCACCGUCGCUCGAUUCAAGCAGGUAAUCUCUAUCCUAAACCGUACCGGUCAUGCUCGGUUCCGCCGCGGCCCAGCACCAUCAAAUCCCCAACCUGAGAAUCCUAAAUUAAAUCAGACCGAAAUCGUUCCGGUCAAGCCCUCUUUUUCAACUGAGACUUCACGAUCUGAGUUCUCAAUGAGUCAGAAAUCGAAAGACUGUUUAACUCUUUCCCCUCCUCUGUCUUCUAAUACUUCGACCUCGUUUUUGUCCUCGAUAACCACUGGAGACGACAGUGUCUCGAAUGGAAAAUUGGGGACUCUUCUCUUUCCUCCGCCUGUUCCAGUUAUUUCUGCCGGAAAACCUCCUUUGGCUAGCCGGAAGAGAUGUCACGAUAGUGUUUUCUCUGGCGACGCUGCCGGCAAAUCCUCUGUUUCUUGUCAUUGCCACAAAAGAAGAAAAAAUAGGUUUAGAAAGUCCAUCAGAGUACCGGCGAUUAGCUCGAAAAUCGCCGAUAUUCCACAGGACGAGUAUUCGUGGAGAAAAUACGGCCAAAAACCUAUCAAAGGUUCACCUUAUCCGCGUGGAUAUUACAAGUGUAGCAGCGUGAAAGGUUGUCCUGCGAGGAAACACGUGGAGCGUGCAAGAGACGAUUCAAACAUGUUAAUCGUCACCUACGAGUGGGAGCACCGUCACUCUAACACCACGCCCGUCACGGGCCUUGCCUUACAGUCAACUCGGUGAACAACUCCAUGUAGUUUCACUUUCAACUGUCUUUCUCCACCGAUUGAUGUCGUACGAUCUACGAUGGAAGGUCGGUCCCGUGCCUUGCACGUGAGUCUCUGAUCGUUGCCGACGUAGCGUAACGUAACGUAGCAGGAAAAUUAAAGUCAAAGCCCUAAAAGUCAACUAUACCGUGUAAAUGAAAACCAGCAGCAGAAGCAAGCAAGGUGUUUUGUUUUGUUUUUUAUGGCUUUUUUUGAUGUAAAAAAAUCUAUUCGUAUAAAAUGGGAGUGGGAAUGGAAUAUAAAUAUUUUUGUUGGUUAUCAA